AAAAGAAGGCCUUUUCACACGGGGAGGUUAUAAAAGAGUCAGUGACGCUAAUUAAUCAAACUUGAAGACGAGAAAGGAACGAUGUAAUCUUCACUCUCCCCGGUCUUCAACUGGGUCAACGACAAAGUGACGUGGGGCGUCUGGGAGCUGUCCCAGCAUCUUUCACUGUGCUGAGGCUGCAUGCAUGCAGCAUCCACACACCAGCAGCCAAUGGCCACACAGCACAACCCGGAUGCUUUCGCCCACAGCAGCAGGACGGUCCGACAGCCUUGUUGGAUUGUACCAAGAAGGAUCUCCACCUAACAUGUCUGCUGGAUAGAUGUAGCUUCACAUGGAGCCGACAGUGACAGCCUGUGUGUAGAGAGAGGGGGGGGAGGAGGGAUGGCAAAAAUAAGGAAUCGUGCAGAAAUCGGCGUAGCUGGCCAGCUCCUCCAUUCACUCAACUUAAUGGCUUCGGACACUUGUUUACAUCCAUGGGAUUUGCCCGCCUUUUGGAUUGACUUUUCGUCUGGAGGACGGUAAAAGACGUUUUUUUGGAAUAAAUCGUAAAUACCCGUCAGCCACGCCACACAUGAGGGGACACACAGUGCGCCCCUCCGCGGUGCAGCUGUGACUUGGUGGCCGCAGACAGGCCGAUGCUGCGCGGCCAGGGCAUGCUGAAGAGCCGCUGCUGCGUCCUGCUAGGUGACCUGAGGCUGCUCCUGCUGGGGCCACCGGCGCCGGCGCCGCCUCCGCUCACCCCCAUGAGCGGCCACGCCACGCAGAGCCGUGAGCCGGGCGUCGCCGAGCACAGCAACGCGCUGACGCGGGGGGAGCGAGGGACCCCGCCCGGGGCGGCCGCCACCGUCGGCACUGGGCCGGCCGAGCGAGCAGUGCCAGGAUGGGUGGACGCCGCGGAGCUGUCGGCGGCGUUGCGCGGCUGCAGCAGCUCCUCCGAUGACUGCUCGAAGGGCAAACUGGAGGAGAGGUUUUCCCUCACCAGCUACACGGAAAGCGGCUUCAGGACGCCAGUGUGCAGGAUCUGUUUCCAGGGACCUGAGCACGGGGAGCUUCUGAGCCCAUGCCGGUGCAGUGGCUCAGUUCGCUGCACCCACCAGCCCUGCCUCAUCAAGUGGAUCAGUGAGAGAGGAUCCUGGGCCUGUGAGCUCUGCUAUUACAAGUACCAGGUCAUAGCUAUAAGCACAAAGAACCCACUACAGUGGCAGGCCAUCUCGCUCACUGUGAUCGAGAAGGUGCAGAUCGCAGCGGCCAUCUUGGGCUCUCUCUUCCUGAUGGCCAGCAUCUCCUGGUUGGUGUGGUCCUCGUUCAGCCCGUCGGCACGCUGGCAGCGCCAAGACCUGCUUUUCCAGAUCUGCUACGGCAUGUACGGCUUCAUGGACGUCGUCUGCAUAGCUCUAAUUGUCCACGAGGGACCUUCUGUGUUCCGCAUCUUCCACCGAUGGCAGGCUGUGAAUCAGCAGUGGAAGGUCCUCAACUAUGACAAGUCUAUGGACAACGUUGAUCUGAAGGACGUGGCAGUGGACAGGACUCAUCAGACCAACCAGGGUUACCAGACUGGGCUCGGAGUGUCCACCUCCACCUCCUCGCUAAUGGUUGUCGCCUCCACGGCUGCCGGCUCCACAUCGGCGACCGUGGUGGCGGCCGCCGGAGGACUGGGGAUGCAGCACUUGAACCCCGAUGGAGGAGGCACGGUGGCCGACCCGCACUGCCCUUACAACAUCCUGCACCUCCUCAGCCACCUGAGGUCGUCUGAACCCCGCAGUCAAGCCAGCAGUAACACACGAGAGCUGGUCAUGAGAGUCACAACCGUAUGAGGAGUCAGCUGUGGCCUUAUGUCUCAUAUGGGGGCUGUGGGGGCGGGGUGUAGUGGGGCGGCAAAAUUCUGGAAGCAGCUGAACUGCAACUGGACUGAUACUGUCUUCUUGUUUGUUACAUAACGCAUCAUCACUGUCCUUCCAUGGAUUGAAUAAAAAUCGAAAUUGGUUAAUUUGCAGAGCUGCUUGGAAAAUAGUUCUUUGGGGGAUUUUGAGUAUUUCAUUUAAAUGCGUCUGUGUAGGCUCUCAGUCUUGCAAAUGAGGUGAAGGCAGGGCUGAGCCAGAACAAUAGAUGCUAACGAGCCAGUAUCAGAGUCGUUCAUACCCAACUCAGGGAGCAACACUUCCCUUUUAUCGGAGGUGCUAAUAGCAGGAGAGGAUUAUACCACUACUCCGCCCAGGCUUAGUGUAAGGAACCAAUAGAAGGAGAGUGUUGGCACACCAAUUCCGCCCACUCUUACUGUAUUUAAGGCCUAGGCUACCAGCACUUAUUAGUUCGCUGACGAAGCUCUUCGGAUGAUGAGCGAAACGUCCGACACCUUCUUCACAGAAGUACAGAAAACGUCUCAAGAAGCCUUUCCCUCGUACUUCAUUUAAAGUUGAAGCAUUUUUUAUGAAAAAGUACACUACAUGCCAAAGAAAACUAUUGGCCACUUGUUGCUAGGUAGAAUUUAGAAGGCUUCAUCAUGACUGCCCCAAAGGCCAAUGAAAAACGUGGCACAUGCCAGCCACGCGCACUGAUUGAGGACAGUAUUCGGGCUGAUGGUGCACCUGGACAGAGAGUCAGCAGGAACAGGCACAGGGUUUCAGACAGACGCAUACUGAAGAACAUAGGGAUGUCCCGAUCGGGUGUAUUUUGAAGAUUGGAUAAUAUCGGCUUCCACCACGAGAUCGGGCCGAUCCGGUUGCCGUAAGCGUUCGUAACUCUGGGAAACACUCCAACAUGGAAGGUGCGGUAAUGCGCCUCAAAGCUGGUUGCCACUCAACUCCCGCCACCCGCAAGAAGAAGAAAACAACACCACCAUUUAGACAUGUCCGUGGUAAAGUUAGUUUCACGUUGGAUGUUGGAUAUUUGGCUCCGUAGCUACAGCGGUAGUUCCCUCUCAUUGUGCCCGGACUGCUGUGUCAUGGUGCGGGGAGCUCGCAUGAGAAGUGCUGCUCUAACCGCUGGUUGUUUAUACUAGGGACCUUCAAUAAAUUAUUAUCGCAUUAAAGAGAGUUAGUUAAAAAAUGUCAUAUAUUCUAAAUCACUCCACAAAUUGAUCUAUAACCAUGUCAAAUGAUUAGUCCUACCCUAAAAGUAUUUUGCACGCCCAUUUUUUCCAGUUUUAUCUUUUAUUGAAAGGACUUUUAUUGGAUUACGGACCUGACUCAAAGAGGUUUGUUACAAAAGCCAAACAAUAUUGUUGGUCAUGCUGUGUAAUAAAAAGUAAAUUCAGCAAUA